GACAAUAUCCCCAUAUAUAUUUGCAAAAACCUAAAUGUAAUAUCACAAAAAAAAAAAAAAAAAAAAAAAAAAAAACAAUCAAAAUUAAUCCCCAAAAAUAAAAUAGAGUGAUUUUGUGAUUUAAUUAAUUUAGGAUAUGUAUGUUACAAGGGGUCUAUCAUUGUACAGGAAAGAUCCCAGUAGCUUAUCAUUAAGGGCACCUGAUUAUGCACCAAAUACAGGUGUAUUAGUUAUAACAGAUGAAGAAUCAGAAGAGUUUGAUACUUAUUGUUGGGGUGGUUGUGAUUAUAAGAACAUUAAGAAUUUGCCCUUUCCUCAGAACAAAUUUUUAUCAAUUGUUCAUUCAUCUGAAUUUAGAGAACCUAGUGUUACUAAAGUGUGGUUCCUUCCUGUUGUUGGGGAGCCUUUAUCUGCUCAUAGGUACUAUAUCAUACGUGCCAAAGGCCAUCACAAAGGGAAAGCAUGCACAAGUUCAAAAAAAUCAGACAUGUGCUCUUGCUGCUACAAAAACAUGAUACAUGAUGUAAAACCAAGACCAUUUGAUUAUAGAGAUGUAUACCAACAAUUUGAGAUCCGGCGUUACCAUGGUGGUGGCUUUUAUGCAAAAUCUGUGGCUUAUGAUGGUGUUCCUCCAAGAUUCUUGCGUAAAAAAGGGUGGCUGAUUCGAGUUCAUCGCUCAAUUCGAGGAAAACUACAGGAUGCAUUAGGCCUUGAUGAGUCUGUUCAAGCAUCUCUUCCUCCACCUCCUUCUUACCCAUUACCAUCUCGGAAUCAACGUGCUGCGGAAAUUUUAGGCCGAUGGUAUUGCCCUUUCUUGUUCCUAAGGGAAGAGGCUAAGUUGUGGAGGCAUAUGAAGAAAUCAAUGUUCUAUGAGGUAACCUUGGAGCAAUAUUGGGAAGAAAUAUAUUCACAAGAGAAUAAAAGCAACGAAGAAGAUGAAACUAUUGUGACUGAUGUAUUGGUAAAAAGAGAAGAAGCUUUAGUUUAUGGGGCAGAAGCCAUGAUAGAAGUAAACCCUAUGCUAGGAUUUGUAUGUCUCACAGUCCCUAGCAAUUUGGGGAAUGGUAAUCGGGUCAAGUUUGGAUUAAGUUUAGCGGUUUUUGAAGCCAUGAGAGGAAUACAAGUGGAAAGAGGUUGGAUAGAAGAUCAAGAACAUGAUGUUAGAGUGCAAAGAAUUGAUAGGAUUAGAAGAAAAGGAAAAGGGGAUAGGAAAUGGAGAAGAUUUGGUUGUUAUGUUUUGGUUGAGACUUUUUUGAUUAGGAGGAUUGAUGGGAUUUUGAUAAUGAAGUAUAAUUUCAAGCAUACACAUCAAAUUCAAUGUAAAUGGGAUUGAAUUGUAAUCUUUUGUGACUGUCUUUUGAUUUGUAAAUAAAAUAAUUAAAGUUUCUUCUAAGGUAAUGGUUAAUCCAAAUUUUAUUUGGUUGUAUGGU